GGAUGCAAAACCCCUGACCCCUGUCUGGACAGUGCUGAUUGGCCCUGUGCUAAUCACUUGCACUCUCCCAAGAAAAAAAAAACCUUUCUAGCAAUACACACCAAACUGAGCAUGUGCAGAGUGUCUCAUAGGGCUCUAUCCUAUCAGUAGAUGGAUUGGGGACUGUGGAAGAAGGGGAGGAUCAGAGAAGAGAGGAUGAAACAGCCUUUUUACACAAUGUGGAGGAUUAACCCCUUAGGUUCUACAGUGCGUAAAACAAGCAUGCUUUACUGCAUAUACAGGCUGAUUUUACUGUUAUGGGUUAAG